AUGGCGGUGAAAGCAAAUUGUUUCAAACUAAAGACACAGUACACACCUAACGCUAACCAUUACUUAAAACGCUACCGCCAAAGUGCCAAACAGGGCCAUAAACCACGUCGGCUUCAAAUUGUGGAUUUCCGCACAACAAAUCUUCCCCAACAAGCUUCACAAAACGUGACUGUCAGAAAGACAAAAAAAAAAAAAAAAAAAAAAAAAAAAAAAUACAACCUGCCUUCCUGUAGUAACAAGAAUUCAACAUCACAAUUAGCUGAAGCUCGAACUAAGGCAACAAUGGCGGCACUUCCGACUGAGAUGAUCACCGAAAUACUCUUACGCUUACCUGUUAAAUCACUUUUACGCUUCAAAUGCGUCUGCAAAUUCUGGAAUUCCAUAAUCAAAACCCCCAAUUUCAUCAAACUUCACCUCAAUCAAACCCUAAUUUCCAACUCCAAUCUUCAACUCCUCUUCUUUUAUAAGUCUCUUUAUUCUGCAGAUUUGGACCAUAACCACAUCUCCUUCUCGGGGAUCCAGCUCCCUCUCUCAACUCAAGGAAUUGAGGUAUUUGGGUCUUGCAAUGGCAUCGUUUGCAUUGGCAACAAAACUGAAAUCUUGUUGUUCAACCCACUUACCAAAUCACAGUUUAAACUACCUAUUAUUCCAGAUCUUAACAGGGUUGUUCGUCUGUUCGGAUUUGGGUACGACAGUAAGAACGACGAUUACAGGGUUUUGAAGUUAGUUCAAUGUUUUCUUAUAAAUGAUAUGGGUAAGUUUGUUGAAGCGGAAUUGUAUAGUUGCAAUGAUAAUUCCUGGAAAUCUGUUCAAGGUAUCUAUGAUUUUACCCCUGAUUAUCAUCGCCAUGGUGUUCUUGUUAGUGAGGCUUUACAUUUCAAUGCUCGCUCCAACAAAUCUGACUACAUAAUAGUUAGUUUCGAUCUUCAGACUGAGAGUUUCUUGUUUUUCGACUACUCCAAAUUGAUUGAUGAUACUGAGUUUUAUGUGACGGCGCAGUUAACGGAAUUGGGUCGAUGUCUGUGUGCUUUUGUUAAUUAUCAUGAUGAAUUAAGGGAGUAUGUGGAUUUUUGGAAAUGCGAUAUAUGGGUAAUGAAGGAGUAUGGAAACAAUGAGUCUUGGGUUAGACUGUUUAGUAUUGGCAACAAGUGUAUCCUGAGAUGCCAGCUAGUAUUGCCUAUUGUUUACUCCAAAGAUGGGAAAAAAUUUUUGUUGGGCAUAAGCGACCUCAUCUUUGGUUGGUAUGAUUUGGAGUCCAAAAAAUUUGAUGCAAUUAACUUUAAACUUCAUGGAAUGCCAAGGGAUCAUUUGAUGAUGAUGGGGCGUUUUGUGGGGUGUUAUGUGGGCAGCCUUGUUUCGAUCGAAGAUAAGCUGCGUUCUCAAAGGGAAACCUUGCCAAUGAUAAAGAAGAAGAAACGUACUGUGGAUGAUGUGCAAGAUGAGGCUAUGACAUAAUUGAUGAUGCCACUGCCAGGACUUUGUUAAUUGUUGGGAUUUCACAUCGUUUAAGUAUAUACGUUUGGUUGUUUUCAUGGUUAAUGGAUGAGAAGCAGCUGAUUUCGCAUGAAGGCUAUUGCAAGUAGUUUUUGACAUUUAGGGUGGCUAUCUUUUUUAGUACUUUUAUGAAUACCUAGUUGAAGUGGUGAAUAUUUUCUGGUAUCUACAGCUUUUUGGUGCUCUUCUAUGUGAUUGUGCAAAUGUGCAAUGCAUACUGUACUUGUGUGUAGCUUAUGGUGUCAUUUGACUUACUAGUUCUUUUGAGCUUCUUUAAGGUCUAUUACGAUGUAUGAAUGUACCUAGCAGUGAAAUUUGAGUAGAAUUGAACCAGCUGUUCUUUGCUGAAGUACAUGGUUUAACAAGAUACUACACAAAUUUAUGAUGUU